AUGGCCGAAAUGAGGACCGCCUCGUCCACGUCGACCCUGGUGCACGCUUCCAAUCUCCAAGCUGAUUCGAAUCUAGCCUCCUCGUCCAGCCCCAAUCUCACUGCUCAACAAAACUACUGGCCAAACACGAAAAACGACUACAAUCUACAAGAAGCCAUCGGAAUCGGCGCCACUGCUACUGUUUAUAAGGUACAAUGAAGCUUUUGGGUUGUAGAUUUAUAUUGAGACGGCACGUAAGCCUUGGCGUAAAUUUACUUUGUUUUACAGAGUAAAAAACGAGAAAACGUAAAAAAUUAUAAAAUUUUUGAAGGUUUUUAUUUUUAAAAAUUUUUAAUUUUUACUUUAGGCCUUCUGCAAACCGCGCGCCGAAUACUGUGCCAUAAAAUGCAUCAACCUGGAGAAGUGCCAAACCUCGGUGGACGAGCUGAGCCACGAGAUCCAAGCUAUGAGUCUGUGCCAUCACCCGAACGUCGUCAACUACUUUACAUCCUUUGUGGUCGGAGAAGAACUGUGGGUAGUGAUGCGUCUUCUCAACUGUGGCUCCAUGCUUGAUAUCCUGAAGCGGAAGAUCAAGUUAAUGGGAAAAGAACAAGCCGCCUAUGGUGUACUAGACGAAGUAACUAUUGCCACUGUACUGAAAGAGGUAUUGAGAGGUCUGGACUACUUUCACUCGUCAGGACAGAUUCAUAGAGACAUCAAGGCGGGUAAUAUCUUGCUGAGCUCGGAUGGAACUGUUCAGAUUGCUGAUUUCGGCGUUUCUGGAUGGCUGGCAGCUAGUGGAGGGGAUCUUAGUCGACAAAAGGUUAGACACACUUUCGUUGGUACUCCGUGCUGGAUGGUGAGUUAAUAUGAUGAUUUUUAAUGAUAAAAUUGGAGGAUAUCAAACUGUACUUUGAAAACAUAAAUCUAUUAGUGACAUGUACUUUUUUAGUAAUCAAGUUGAAAAAAAGGUCAAUAUUAAUAUCAAAAUUACAAUUUCAGGCCCCAGAAGUGAUGGAACAAGUCCAAGGCUACGACUUCAAAGCCGAUAUCUGGAGUUUCGGCAUCUUGUGUAUUGAGUUAGCGACAGGAACAGCCCCAUACCACAAAUACCCGCCCAUGAAAGUACUAAUGAUGACAUUACAAAAUGAUCCACCAAAUCUAGAAACGAAUGCUGAAAGAAAAGAUCAAUACAAAGCCUAUGGCAAAAGCUUUAGACAUCUGAUCAAGGACUGUUUACAGGUAUGGAGGGGUGGAAUUGGGUUUUGGAGGGUUAAAAUGGAUAACAAUUUGGGGACAUUGAGGUUUUACGUAGAAAUAGCUGAAGAAGGUAAUGGAAAAUUGAUGUUAAGCCUUUAAAUUGCAUUUUAAUAAAUUAUUUUUUUUUCGAAAAUUUUUGAGAAAACAAAAACUAAAAAAAAUUAAAUUUGAAUUUUCAGAAAGACCCAACAAAACGUCCAACGGCGGCCGAACUCUUAAAGUACUCAUUCUUCAAGAAGGCCAAGGACAAGAGCUUCCUCGUCCACUCCCUGAUCGAAAACCUCGGCUCAACCCCACAGCCAACAGUAUCCGCACCAAAAAAGGUGGCUAGUGGAAAGUUGAAGAAGGACAAGGAUGGAAACUGGGAAUUCGAAUACGACUCUCCAGAAUCCGACUCGGAACCAGAAGGUACAAUUCAAUCAGGCAACAAAAGUCAACGUGGAACGAUUGAUCAAACGAUACAGGCGCAGCCUGAUGCUCAGUCACCGACUGUUCAGCAGCCUGCUCCACAAACAUUGAAUUUGGUAAGAGAGAUACUUUACUCUAUCAUAGCAUUAGCAUGUUCCCUUAACUUUACCUAAGUUCUUACUUAUCAAGUCUCACUUUCAGGUCCUAAGAGUCCGAAACCAGCAACGCGAGCUCAACGACAUCAAAUUCGACUACACUCCCCAAACAGACACUGUCGAUGGCAUCGCGCACGAACUAGUAACGGCCGAACUCAUCGACGGACACGACCUAGUAGUGGUGGCGGCAAACCUACAAAAACUGAUCGAUUUGUCACGCAAAAAGACGGACAAAAAGGCUAUAACUUUCGCUCUCAACUCUGGAUUAGCACCAAACGAAGCGCCGGACGAACGGACUCUGACCGGCUUUGCUCAGCUUUCCCUAAUCGACUAA